GUCUGUCAUUGUUCGCGACAAAACGUCAUCUUCGGCCCACUAUCGAGUCUGCCAUUGUCAACUGGCAGCCAGCAAAGAGCCCGCCUUUACCGAAAGGCGUUUCAGGCACUCAGUGAUCAGUCUGAACGUGCUUGGAUUGGCUUCUUCGGUUUUCGGACACUGUUGAACAAGCCAAGAGGCGGGAAAUCUGCUGUCAUACACCUAAGCCUUGUAGAUGAGUGCAUUUUUCUAAAUGCAACUCAUCCCUUCUUGCAAACCUUGACGAAUGCCAACUGACGAAGAGCGGCCAAACCAUCCGUCAUGUCAAUCAGCUUUUCAGGGACUGGUGGGACGGGACCUGCCGGAACGUCUUGGAAAGACACAGAUCGUGCGUCCUCAGAGACAUAUCAGCCUUACAUCGAUAGCACCCUCCAACAGGCUGUCGGUAAUCAGAUAAACGGCACGUCCGUUUUUGUCAUAUGCGGAUUAGAGCCUCCUUGGCAGACAGUAAUGGAUGGAAGCCUCUUGCUUAGUGGCAAUCGCGCUACUGGAGAUUUUCUCCAGAAUAUGCUUCUGUCGAUAGCUGAAUUCGAAAAGAAUGCAGAGGCGGAAGAUCCGUCACUGACAAACUUACAAGAUCUCAUAAGCUUUAAUCAGCUUUACAACUGGCCCAAUCUCGAGGCUCAACAACGGCAACCAUCACGAGACUUGAUGGAUUCGUGGCUCGCGGGGGUAAAGCCUCUCAUUGUAGCUACGCUAGGGAACAAAGUAGCUGGAUGGGUGUGUAAUCAUCAAGUCAAACCACUCCAAGAUUGUUUGGCUGAGGCUGGAAUGGCGAGAAUAGACGUUGUCCCCGCCGAACAUCCAAUGCCUAUCGUUGUGAUACCUCACCUUCAUCCCGGCUUCAAUGCCAGGAUGUCACGAUCGCUCGCUCAGCUCAAGGUCUACUGGUAUAGCUGGGUCGCAGCAUGGGUCCAUAUCGAUGUUGCGGUUCGAAUGUUGCGCACUCUACUCAAUAUCAAUCGCAUGGAUCUCUGCACAGAGAUCAUCGACAAGGCAAAGGCCAUUCUUGAGGGAACCCAGUUCUUUGACGUUUUCCGUGCGUUUAAGAACGAGGUAUCCUUAGCAUGGAGCUUGUUCGACCCCAGGAGAACUACUACUAGUAGUACCACUCCGAGCGAUGAGUCUGUCCUCCGAGAAUAGGAAACUUCGGAGAAGAUCCGCUCGAGUCGGAUUUUCGUGCUAAACCUGCAUCUCUAUCGCCUCGCAAAGAGUUCCAAGCUCAAUCGUCAACUGCUUGGCCCCGAAGCCAUGAUCGAUGAAGGCGAUGUUGAGAUCAUGCAUCCGGUGCCACCUCGAAGUCUUUCGACGUCUGCGCAGCAGCAGGGCAGUGCGAACAUAAUGGAUACUACAACUACUCAAAUCUCUUCUCCUGAGAUGCGACUCCCAGAGAAGAAGCGGCGGAAAAGACGACGGGAGAGGCCGGUGUGAGAAGAAGGGGAAAGAGGUAGGAGAGGAGACAUGCCUUAGGCGGCCCUUAAGAGAGUCGCGGACCGAGAGAACGUGUCCACAAGUGCGGAGGGC